AUGCUUGCAUGCGGACAGGUUCCACCAGAUGCUCUGACUGGGAUGAUCGAGUGCUCCAACCAUGACGUGAGGCAAGUCCUGAAUCAUCUCAGUGUCUGGUCUGCCAAGGAGAAAAACAUGGGCUCGGACGCAACCAAGGCCGAUGCCGACCGAGCCAAGAAGGACUUGAAAUUGGGCCCCUGGGACGUGGUGAGACAAGUCUUUACGAAAAGCGAACAGGCUGGCAAAAGCCUGAAUGACAAAGCUGCUCUUUUCUUCCACGAUUAUUCUCUGGGGCCGUUGUUUGUGCAAGAAAACUACCUCAACGCUGUUCCCGAGGCUGGCAAGGGCAACAAGCGGAAGAUGGCGGAUCUGAUGAGUCAGGCGGCGGACAGUUUGUGCAAAUCGGACUUGAUUGAGCGCGAAAUUCGUUCGGGCGGUGCGUGGAGUUUGUUGCCGGUGCAAGCCAUUUUUGCGAGCGUGAUUCCCGGGGAAGUCAUGUCUGGAUAUCUGAGUGGACAAGUCACUUUCCCGGCCUGGCUGGGGAAGAAUUCCAACAGGAACAAACGGGACCGGCUUUUGCAAGAGCUGAGUUUUCAUAUGAGACUCAGCACUGGAGGUGCAGGGAAGCUCGCCGUUAAUGAAGACUACCUCGAGUUAUUGAAGCAAAGAAUUUUCGGUCCAUUGAUGGAACUUGGAGCUGAUGGCGUCAGACCGAGUCUGGACGUCUUGGAUCAUUACACGUUGCUCAGGGAAGACUUGGAGGCUGUGAUUGAUCUCACUGCCUGGCCAGGCAGCAAAAACGCGGACCCCAUGAGCAAGAUUGAUUCUAAAGUGAAGAGUGCGUUCACCAGGGCCUACAACAAAGAGAACCGGUUGAACCCGUACUCAGAGGCAGUGCAUGUGUCGAAAAUGAAAGGAGGUGGUGCGUCUGAUGUUUUGGGGGCAGAAGAUGAUGAUGCCCUGGAAGAUGAAGACGAGGAAGGAGACAACGGUGAUGACGACGACGAUUUGGCGAAGGACAAAUCCAUCAAGGUUGUUCAGCCAAAAGCAACGAAACGCAAAAUGGACGCUGAUGAAGAGCCGUCUGUAGGUGCAAAAAAGGCACGCGGUGGAGCCGGAAGUCGAGGAGGAAGAGGAAGUCGUGGCGGUCGAGGAAGAGGAAAAUAGCCACCCAUCAUCAGCCCUAUGAUUUUUUUUUACUCUAAUUUUUCUCACGAACAAUUUUUUUUAAUCGGGGGUGAUUUUGAGUUAUUGGCUUUUGUUGAACUGCUGGGUGGAAUAAUUGAGACCUCGAAAGAAAUUUGAAUUUUUCUCGGUCAUUAAACGAUUGAAUAAGUACCAAAGAAGUGGGUACGCAAAUGAGCGAAGGUCAAAAAGGCCAAGUGUCAAUAACAAAACUGACGAGAUCGAGUGC